AUUGUAAAUGAACUCAUUUUGACAACAAAAAUAGACUGUUUUUAAAACAGUGGGAGACGUGGUGACCACAGUGUAAGCGCCUUUUUAUUCCACAAGCAUUACAUUUGUGUUUUAUCUACCGCUGCGGAUGUCUGAAUGGUGUACUGAGCCGUAGGAAGAAAAAAAAAAGAAAAAAAAAAAGAAAAGAGCUUCCCUGGCAGGCAUCAUCCCCCUCAGUCAGUCUGACCGCCCACAGUCCGGGGGGAGAAAGUGCUGCUUUGUGAAUGAAGGGAGCGGCGGAGGGCAGAAAACAAACUUUACCGAUAUUAUCUCCUUUUAAAAAUCCAACGGAGAGCUUUCGACGGUGCAACAAGCGACACCUGGCCGACAAGGACCGAGAAAACACGAAGCUGCCCAGACAUUUUGGAGAAGCUGUAAAUCAUGGUAGUCAGUUUGGCCUGUUUUGCAUGUCUCUGUGUGGUGGUGGUGGUAGUUAGUGGUGAACCCUGCCUCAUCAUCAGCGAGAUUAAUGCCGACAACCCGAGACUGGACACCACUGAGUUUGUGGAGCUGUAUCACACCAGUGGACAACGAGCGUCGUUGGACGGCUACACCCUUGUUUUCUACAAUGGGAACGGGAACAUAGCCUACAAGGUGCUGGACCUCAAGGGCCACAACACAGAUGAUAGAGGUUUCUUCCUGGUGGGCUCGGUGGACAUGCUGCCCAAACCGGCCAUCCCCCUGCCUCCAAAUACCGUCCAGAACGGCCCAGACGCCAUCGUCCUCUACCACACGUCUGCUGCCCGCUACAGCGAGAAGAUGAACGUCACCACCCAUGGGCUGGUGGACGCCGUUGUUUACAUGACUCGCCGCAAUGGGGGUGCAGAGUUCCUCGCUGAAACUCUGACACCCGGGGAGCCAGCCUUCGUCGAGGAUGAAACAGCACUUGAGGGGGAUGAGUCGAUUGAGAGGUGCCUGCUGUCCGAAGAUCGCUGGGGCUUUCAGGUGUCCUCACCCUCACCUGGCCAACGGAACAACUGUACCCCACCUGCUGCCCAGGCGACCAUCCCUGUCAUUACUGAGCUGAAGCUAGGAGGAGGGCAGGUGGACGGGUUUGUGGAGCUAACUGAAGCCCUGGCUGCAGGUCCGCUUGUGCUGGUAGUGCUGGACGGGAAAACAGACAGGGUCAGUGUGAGUGCAGAUGUGAAGGUGGACACCUCCAGGAACGGGUUGAUCUCCAUGACAGUAGAGAAGAGCUUUAUGAAAGGAGAUGAGUCAGGGGCAGUUGCUGUUUACAGCGGCAGAGCUACGGACUUUCCCGUCGGCAGUCCGCUGAGCCAGAUACAGCCUCUAGAUGCGUUUGUGUUUGCUGGACCUGGAAACAAGCCUAGUGCCAACCUCACAGAGACUCUCAUCCCAGGCAGACAGCCCUACCAACUCAGCAACAGUUUGAGAGAGGGAGGCUUCUACCUCAGUCGCUGCGGUGUGGCCACCUGGACCAGAGAUCCUGGUGUCUUCUGGGAGGCCCCGCAAACUCCCUGGCAGCCCAACCAGUGUCCCUGGCCGAAGAUCUGCCCUCACAGCUUUGUCAUUCCAGGAGGUACAGAUGCUCCACCACACCUCCCACCCUGGGGGAACAACGACUUCCUGAUCAAUGAGCUGAACACUGAUACACCUGGCGCGGCUGAGGAUGGCGAGUACAUUGAGCUGUGGCACCCAUCAGGACGCCGUGUCUCCCUGCAGGGCAUCUGGAUACUGCUGUUCAGUGCACACAACAACAAACCCUACAGGGAAAUCAGCCUUAGCGGACACUUCACCACUUCCAAGGGCUACUUCCUGCUGGGCAGUGACCGGUUGGUGCCAGCUCCGUCACUCCGCCUGCCUCCCAACACCAUCCAGAACGGACCGGACGCUGUGGCUCUGUAUCGCAGCCCUUUCGGCCCACCAUCAGCUGUGCAGAGAGGGAUCCCCACCAGAGGCCUGCUGGAUGCAGUUGUGUACCGACAGAGAGGAUCAGAUAGGGAGGCACAGGAGCUGAGUAAAGCCCUGACGCCGGGACAGCUGCCCCUGCUGGAGGAUCCAGAGGUUCUGCUGGGUGAUGAGGCCCUCAGUCGCUGUAGAGGCCUUUACCCCUGUGACCUGUCUGCUUUUUCAGUGGCUCCACCCACCCCUCUGAGGGAGAACAGCUGUCCCCGCCCUCCUCCAGCGCCUGAGGGUGUGGUCAUCAGUGAGGUGGCUAGUAGCCACUGGACUAAUCACAGCCAGCAGAGGGCCUUCGUGGAGCUGCACGGGCCCCCCAGGACAAACCUGUAUGGCCUGGUGCUGACCGUGUUUGAGCAGGAGCGCAGCGAAACCGUCAUCGCCCUUCCUUUGACAGGAUCUAUUGACCAGAAUGGAUUUUACAUCAUUGGAAAUGUCACUGGAGCAGAUCAGACUUUCCCCGAGGGCUCCUCAGUGCCAGUGCGAGGAGCGGUGGUCCUGUGCUAUGACCUGUUCAGUGUUUGUAGAGCUGGCACUGCUCUGACCAACUCCAGUCUCAGGGACGUACUGGUGUUUAGUGAAAACCAGAAGCUGCUCUCCUCUCUGUCCACCACCAGAGGGAGACAAGUGAUUCCAGCUCUCAGGUCCGUGGAAGAUGGUUCUGUCUCACUAAGCCGUUGUUCAUGCUGUGAAGUGAGGAGCCCCUCCUCUUGGACGAGCUCCUCCCCUACGCCCCGCCGCAACAACACCUGCCCAAGCUCCGCCUUCUCCAGUCAAAUUGACCUUUGCCUUGGACCUCUGUCCAAUGGCUGGCAGGAGGGGUCAGGAGACUGCAGCGGUCUAAUCCAGGGGAAGAGAGUCACUGAGGUUGCCGACUACCUGGAGCAGAAGUGUCACUGUGGCAUAUCUGCCUUAUAUCUCCAAGGAGCCAACUUCUCUUGCGUGUCUGGGUGGCUGCGAGUGUGGGGGAACAUCCAGGCGCUGUCGGACCAUCAGAAGGCCCUCAUCAUCCAGACGUCCCACAUGAAUCCUUCACCUGCUCAGGGAGACGUCUGCUCCUCUCCCACCACCGACCGUUACACCAGCAUAGCGUCUACCCUGGGGUUACAGAUAGGCCUUAUAGUAGCAGUGUUGCUGCUGCUGGGACUCGGAGCUGCUCUGUUCACAUAUUUCUACAGGAGGAGGCGUCCUCUGGACUAUUACACCAUGGAGCUGAGUGAACACGCAGAGGGACUGUCAGAUCUAUAAUCUAGGCUUCGAAUCACUGUGUUUGCGUCUGUAAGUGCUCGUGUUCGUGGGAGGACUUCAGCAGAGAGAGCGAGAGAGAGAGACGUGGGUAAUCAGAGGUUAAUUUGACCUGUACGUUACUGAUUGUGCGGUUGUUUUGACGUGAAUGUCACCACAAGUGUCCUUCCCUGUCUUCAAAAGAUCACUGAUGAAAAUGAGUGAUAGUUGUUUUCAUGCAACAAGUGACACUUUAAGACAUGAAAUCAGACAGUCCGUAAGAGGAUGUGAAAAUUUUAAAAACAUCAGAUAAUAACAUAUUUUUGUAAAGGUCAGUGUGCAGCCUUUGCAUGCGAACAGUGCUGGUUACUACUUUUAAAAGAAAAGGAAGAUGAAAGUGAGGGGUUUUUUUAAUACUUGACGUAAAAGUAAAGUCCUUAAUGGUCAUUUCUGUUGACUCGUCUAUGUAACUGUGGGAAAAGCCUUUAAAUUGAAAAAAAAAAAAAAGGUUUUGAUUUAUGCAGGAAUUUCUCUCAAUUUAAUGACAUUUGCUUCAUCACGUUCUCAACUGGCACUACAGUGUUUUAACAACAGGCAUAACAUCAAGAUAAUAAUUGUCAUCUCACGUUUAUUCUUCAAAAUGAUCAACUUCCUGCUUUGUUUUCCUGCUACAUGCUGUAAUAGUCAAGUUUAGACUCUAGUCACUCAAAGGGCUUGAUUGUUUGUUUUUUUUAAAUGUGAAUGUCUUUAGCUAACUUGUGAUGAGUUUCUGUAACCACUUUUGUAUGCUUACUGUACGUAAAGCAAACUGUUUACAUUUUCCUGAUUUGAAAUUUUAGAAAAAAGUGAUGUGAGAGACUGAUGUUGAAGACAAAGUAAGUUCUCGAAUGAAGAAUAUUUGUUUUUAGAGGUGAGAGAUUGCUUAAUGUUGAUGCUAUUUUAUGUUUAAUUUGUGGUUCAAGCGGCUCAGAAACCUAUUCUGUGCCAUUACGUGUGUGUUGUUUUCUUGGUCAGCUGGUUUCCUCAUUUGUGAGAGGGAAAGUACAGCCAUCUCUGCUGCAGCCAUAAGUGUAAAUACUAUGAAUAUGAUGUUGGUUUUCUCAGGGGGGGAGGCAUUUAUCACCAAUCUGAAGUGAUAACUUAUUGUCGAACCACAGAAACUAGAUGGGUUCAGAGCAAGUUAGUUUGUUUCUAAAUUGAAGUGUAAUUUCAAAUAAUCAUAAAUUUGCCAACACAAAGUGCCAUGAAAUAAGCAUAUAUAUGCUUGGAUAUGCUCCAUGUUUAAUAAUGUUGAUGUGCCACUUAGCUUGUUAUGUAGCCUUACUCAUCUGCUGAGGUGCACAGAAUUUUAGUUUGUUUGCUUUAAUCACCUUGGUAAUCUUCUAUUCUAAUUUUGCAGUAUUGGCAUUUCUUAAUACACCUCUGUCAAGCAAAAUUUAUCCCAUGAAGUCAUAUUUAUUUUUACAGCAACGUUGCUGCUUUCAUAGUUCAAGUUCAACUAUUGAGUGAAAAUGAAGCUAGAAAAUCAGACUCAAUCAUGUAAAUUAAAGCUUUUUUUAGCUUUCAAAGUGAGCAGAUAUAAUGUUUUCCCCCUUGAAAGUAUGUUAUGCAAUGUUCAAUGUACAGUAUGUCUGGAAUUUCAUUGUAAAGUUCUAUAUCUUUUAGGUUUUUUUUUUGUUAAAAUGGUACUUGUAAGUUUUAAACAAAAAGGAGAAGGCAGUUGCAAUAUUGACAUGCAGGUGUGUUGACUCUUGAAUAAAAUUUGAGUUAUGUCUGUCCUGCAGAAGCAACACAAUGCUGUUAAUGUAACAGUUUAGCUUAAACAUUAUGAUUUCUUGUUUAAAAGAUAUGUUCACAAUUUUUCAAAUCUGUCUUAAAACAAACUGCGGUCAUUCUUUCUGCUAAUUCUGCCUGUUAAGAGAUGAAAAUGUACUUGCAAUGUAAUUGAUGGGGACCAAAUCCACAGUCCUUGUUUUGUGCAAAAAUGUAUUUAAAUGGUCUCAGUUGUCUGAGUUAGUCAAAUCAAGUGGAUAUCUUCCAAACAUAGUCUUUUAAGUAUAAAAUUCCCUCUUUGUGCCUCCCUGUUGAGUGUCAGUGGAAAGAUCGUAACAAAAAGAGGGAAUUUGCCACUUAAAAAAGCUUCAUAUUAGCUUCAAAUAAACUUUUUGCACAAAAUCAGGGCAUCUCUUACAUUGAAAGUGUUUUAUGAAGGGAUCUCUUAAUGGUCAGUAUGAACAAAAGGAAUGAUUACAGGAAGAAAAACAUACAACAAUCAUAAAAAGUGGAAAAAAAUGAUAUUGCUAAAUUUUAGUAGUGAAGAACUUUUUCUUUUCCUCAGUUGUAUACUCACAGAUUUAGUAACAGCACUGUGUUCUGUAAGAGAAACCAGAAACUCACAAAUCUUAUUACUGGGGACUAAAAGUAUGUACAAAUAGUAAAAUAUUCAUGGUCUACAGCUGAGUACUUACACAUUGAACAACAUGAAAACACUGGAAAGACAGUUCUCCAUGUCAUCUGCAUUCAGGGCAGGAUUUAAGAGCUUUCUUUUCAUUGUUUGCCUUCCAGUUGUUUUUCCUGUUUCCAUUCCAAUGUCAUGCUCAUGUAGCAGGUUUAAAAUUAAAAAAAACUUCCACAGAUGUGCAA